AUGGGUAACCAACCUCCCCCCUGCUUCCACUGCGCCUGGCACACAGGUGGCAUUAGAUCAUUCACUUGGUCCCCUACUGAUGUUUCCUGGGAGCCUUAUGUCCCAGAUCGUAUUCCAGUAAGAAGGGAUAGCCAAGAGGAGGAGGAGACGAUGUCCUCAGAUAGUUGCAAGUCCCGGCAGAGUUUCUUCACUGGCACCCUGGUGCCUCCGGCCAUCAAGCUAAGACGCCCCGUCUGGAGCACUCGCCGUUCGUCUGUGACAUUGUUGGCUCCGGCACAAGUUUCUUGUUUGGAAGAACCACUGCUGAUGCCCCGAGAGACUGCUCAGAUUUCUUGCCAAGAGGUGCUUGAGGGAAAACCUUAA